GCCGGCCUGCCCCGCGACGCGCCGGCGGCUGGCGCAGCCCUUCGCUCGCCCGGCCUCCCCCUCCCUGGUUCCGCGCUCGGGUUCCGCCAUGGAAUCCAACAAGGAUGAAGCCGAGCGCUGUAUCAGCAUCGCCCUCAAGGCCAUCCAAAGCAACCAGCCCGAGCGGGCGCUGCGCUUCCUGGAGAAGGCGCAGCGGCUGUACCCGACGCCACGAGUCAGCGCUCUGAUCGAGUCCCUCAACCAAAAACCACAGUCUGCCGGUGAUCAACCCCAACCCACAGACACAUCUCGCACCACCCACAGGAAGGCAGGCGGGACGGAAACCCCCUCAGCCAACGGCGAGGCAGGAGGAGGAGAGAGCGCCAAGGGAUACACCUCAGAGCAAGUGGCGGCCGUGAAAAGGGUCAAGCAGUGUAAAGAUUACUACGAGAUCCUUGGGGUGAGCAGGAGUGCCUCAGAGGAGGACCUGAAGAAGGCCUACCGCAAACUGGCCCUCAAGUUCCAUCCAGACAAGAACCAUGCCCCUGGCGCCACCGAAGCUUUCAAAGCCAUCGGCACAGCCUACGCCGUCCUCAGCAACCCCGAGAAAAGGAAACAGUACGACCAGUUUGGUGACGACAAGAGCCAGGCCGCCCGGCACGGCCACAGCCACGGGGACUUCCACCGCGGCUUUGAGGCCGACAUCUCCCCCGAAGACCUCUUCAACAUGUUCUUUGGCGGCGGCUUUCCCUCCAGUAACGUCCACGUCUACAGCAAUGGCCGAAUGCGAUACACCUACCAGCAGAGGCAGGACCGCAGGGAGAACCAGGGUGAUGGCGGGCUAGGAGUAUUCGUCCAGCUGAUGCCCAUCCUCAUCCUCAUCCUGGUGUCUGCGCUCAGCCAGCUCAUGGUGUCCAGCCCACCCUACAGUCUGAGCCCGAGACCGUCGGUGGGCCACGUCCACAAGCGAGUCACUGACCACCUGAGCGUCGUGUACUAUGUGGCAGACACCUUCUCUGAAGAAUACACGGGCUCCAGCCUCAAAACAGUGGAACGGAAUGUGGAAGACGAUUAUAUCGCCAACCUCCGAAACAACUGUUGGAAGGAAAAGCAACAGAAGGAAGGCUUGCUGUACCGGGCCCGUUACUUCGGGGACACAGACAUGUACCACAGAGCACAGAAGAUGGGCACCCCGAGCUGCAGUCGGCUGUCAGAGGUGCAGGCCUCCCUGCAUGGAUAGUUCUGGGCCAGCCACAGCACCCAGGUCCAAACUAUGAAAUCCCUGGAGAACUUUUGGUGACACACUGAGCCAAGGUGAUGGACUGUAUAUUUAAGGAAAGACAGAUGCAGGAAAACAAUUUAAGCGGAACUGGAGGCCGAACACCGCACAGCUCCCCUCUCAGCCAGUGACUGGAGAAAGCUCUUAGGACGGACAGACAGCCUGCUGCAGGCCCGCUUCCCCCCCUCCCAAGGGCUGGCAAGAAGCUCCACAUCACCAGCUCCUAGGAUACAGAAACCAUGGCAACAAAAGUAGAAUCUAAAACUUGCAGCAAAUGUCUGUGGGGAAGGACUGGGGGAGGGGACACCCCACUGUCUCUCCUCCCCCCUCCCAGGAGCCAGCACCAGUCACCUCACAGGAGAAGCCAGGCAUAGGCAUAGGCCAAGGAACAGAGAGGAGAGAAUUCCCAGAGAAUGUAACAGGAAUGCGUAUGUAUGUAUAUAUAUCUAUUUAUAUGUAAAUAGACAUAUAUAGAGAUAUAUAUAUAUAUAUGUAAAGUCUUUUUUUAACUGUGCAGGGAUUGGGUUAAGCUGUUCAGCUGAUUUCUUCCAUAUUGUAGAAAAUGAGGCCCGUUGGGAAAGACAGCCAGUUUUCAGCUAGACAGUAGCCGUAGCUGACCGAAUGAGGAACGUCGGGUCGGAUGCUCUUGGCGUCCUCCUUAGCCCCAGCCCAGCCUGGCUUCGAUGGCAACAGUAAUCAUGGUGGUAUAAAUGCAUAGAAAACUUCCAGAGGUCUCCAGGCUCAUGGUUAGGGUACGGGGAGCAGGCGAGAAAGGUACCCCUGGAGCUAGAUAGCUGGUCAGGGUCGGGCCACGUCCUCGGCCAGCCUCAGGUGGGCUCUCUGCUGUGGUGCCCAGGAGCCCUGGCGGCCAGUCCCCUGCCCGUACCUCUUCCCCACCCAGGUCCUCAGGUGGGUCUGCCUUACGGGGGCCACAGGGCACAGCUCCACCAUUGCCAACAGGCCCCCUCUGUAAGUUGUGCACCAAGGACUCCAGAAGGCUCUUCAUCUGGGAGGUUGACCCGAGUGCAGCCCAGCUCGUGAAGAAGAAGAGCCCGUGCCUGUGGGGACCUGUCUUUAUCUCCACAGUGGACUCCACCAGGCCUCUACUCAUGGGAUGAAGAAUCCACGACAACCCGAACGGCUUUCCCCUUCAGAUGAGGAAUUUUCUCAAAACAGCCAUCGCUGCCAGGGGAAGGCGGGGAGCUUUCAUCUACUCCCACGACCACAGUGGGCCUUUGGGAACUGCCAUUUCCCCGGUUUUCCUGUGGCGGCGGCGGAUGUGGCCGUGGCACCUGUGGCCGUGGCACCUGCCGUCUUCCAAAGCCUUACUUCCCCAAGCUGCCAGCCCAGAGGUGGCAUCUGUCCCCCCGGGGUGUGUCUCUCUCUCUCUCUCUCUCUCUCUCUCUCUCUCUCUCUCUCUCUCUCUCUCUCUCUCUCUCUCUCUCUCAUUCAGCCCCCUAACAAAUAGGAUUCUUGCUGGUAAAGGAAGUUUGGUUAGGAAUAUCAAAUCUGUUUUUUUUUUUUAAAACAAGGUCCCACCCUGCAAUGAAGUGGCCACCCUGGCCUAGAGAGAUCAUGAGAACUGGACGCGGGCCAGAGGACCCCACCCACAGUGGCCCUGGUGCUCUGCCUCCACCACCCCAACUGUCUGGUCUUGGUACCUGUCCCCAGAGGGCCUGAGCCACGUGCAAUAAGAACAUAGAUCCUAAAGGAUCCCCCAAGAAGCUGUAUUUCUUGAAUUAGAAUUCUGAAAUUGUACAUCUAUAAAUAUAUGUUUAUUAUGUGA